AUGUGGAACACGUGGCCUUUGCCGAGGAUGUUCCGCGCUGGCCGCAUCGAUACCUCUGCAAGUGAGAAAGAGGCAGAAGAAACCAUGAAAGUGGCCAGGCCCUGUGACCUUUGGCAUGACAAGACGGCAGUUGCGAAGGUGAAGCAGGUCCAGACCUGCUUGCUGAAUGCCGGAGAACUGCUCUACCUGCCCUCGCAAUGGAGACACGGGACCUGCAAUGUCGGGGACUUCUCCGCGGGCAUCGGCUACAUCGGCGCCAUCGACCACCUUCCCAAGGUGACCUGGCUGGCAGCUGUGGAUGACCUGUCGGGGCUCAAAGCUGAGCUGCAGGACAAGGACAAGGAUGAGGUCGUGGAAGCCUUGAUGGUGAAGGACCGGGAUGGAAAGCAGCCGCUGCACUGGGCUGCACAUCGUGGCCACCAGCGCAUGGUGAGGGAGCUGCUGAAGAUGCGCGCCUUCCAUGGGGCCUUGGACCGGCACGGCGCCAGGCCUGUGCACCUGGCCGCCUUUGAGGGGCAUGAGAAGGCUUUGCGCCAACUCCUCGAGGUCGAGACACGGAAGAGCGCCAUGGCUCGAACGGAGGGUGGCGCUGAGCCACUCCAUUUGGCGGCCACCAAAGGACACACCUCAGUCGCCAAGCUUCUACUGCGGAAGCGGGCUUCCCCGUCCGCGCGUGACAACAAAGGAGCGGAGCCCCUGCACAUGGCUGCUUAUGAAGGGCACACUGCAAUGGUCGACCUCCUGCUCGCCGCGGGCGCCGCGGCGGACGCGGGCGCUGAUGAUGGCACUGAUCCGGCCAAGCUGGCCUGGAAGCGAAAGCACAAGGAUCUCGCUCACAAGUUGAACGACGCCAUUCCCAAAAAGCCCGCGAGCAGCCGCAAGACGCUGGGGCCGCUGCAUGAGGAGUUCUGA